GUCUUCGUCUGUGUUGUCUUUAAAGAUAUCAGAUUAGUGAUUAUUAGUUAAUUUUGCGAUAAUUUUGAUUGUUUAAUAAUUUUAUUCGAUAAUAAAUACUCUUAAAGAGAAAUAAUAUGGACCAUAUGAUUUGGUGUCUCCAUUGAGUAUAAAUGUUUAUGUUUUAUUACUAUAAAUUUAUUUUCUAUUUAUUAUUAUGAAAAAUGAAGAGUUUCAAGAGCAUACUAAAAGGUUGCGUUUUAUGCCUUUAAGUAAUGUUCAACAUUUUUCUGCUGAUACAAGCACUGACUCUAAACCUACUAUAGAAAUGAAGAACAAAGAUGGAGAAAAACCAGCCUCUUUAUUCGCAUUUUUACAAGUUGAACUUACACGAGGUUAUUUACUUGAGCAUGAUGAAGAGAGGUUUUCUGCACGAAGGGAAAAAGUUUAUUCUUUUAUAAAAAUUCCACAGGAGUUAGAGAAAUUCAUGGCAUAUGGAUUUUUUCAAUGUGCAGAUUCAUUGUUGUUUGUAUAUACAUUUUUACCAUUAAGAUUUAUUAUGGCAUUUUGGUCCUUCCUUAAUAGGUUAUUUAGGAAGUGUUUUGGGUUUUAUUCCAACUCUCGGAAGAACAUAUUGAAACCAGCUGAAACUUGUGAUGUAUUGAAAGGAUUUAUCUUAGUAAUAUGCAGCAUUUUAAUGUGUUAUAUAGACACAAAUAUGAUGUACCACUUAGUGAAGAGUCAGAGUGUUAUGAAGUUGUAUAUCUUUUACAAUAUGUUAGAAGUUGGUGAUAGGUUAUUCUCAGCCUUUGGUCAGGACACUAUAGAUGCUCUGUUUUGGACUGCAACAGAACCCAGAGAUCGGCGGCGAGAACAUUUGGGUUUGAUACCGCAUCUGUUAUUCGCUAUGACCUAUGUCUUUCUUCAUAGUUUGUUAGUACUGUUUCAAGCAACAACUCUUAAUGUGGCCUUUAAUUCGAACAAUAAAAGUCUUCUUAUAAUUAUGAUGUCAAACAAUUUUGUAGAACUCAAAGGAAGUGUAUUUAAGAAAUUUGACAAAAACAAUUUAUUCCAAGUGUCAUGUAGCGAUGUAAGGGAACGCCUUCAUCUCUCAGUACUGCUAUUUAUAGUAGUGUUACAAACUAUGAAAGAAUAUAUGUGGCGAGAAGAGCGCUUCUGGAUUUUAGCGCCAGACUGCGUCCUCGUAUUAACCUUUGAGGUCAUAAUUGAUUGGGUCAAGCACGCCUUUAUCACUAGAUUUAAUGAAAUCCCCUACGGCGUGUAUAGGGAGUAUACAGUGAGUUUGGCGUACGAUGUUGCGCAAACUAGGCAGAAAUAUGCUUUCAGCGAUCAUUCUGAUUUGGUAGCACGUCGCAUGGGUUUCAUCCCAUUGCCUUUGGGCGUUGUUAUUACGAGGGUGUUGGUUCACGCAGUUAAAGUGGACGGGUUUGCAGCCAUUUUCCUUAUAUUUUUAGCCUAUCUGUGCCUAAUAUCUAUUAGAGUGUUGGUUUCUAUAGUUAUACUUGGGAAAGCUUGUGACUUAAUUUCGCAACAUCAGAUGGAGAAGAAUGAGUCUCUUCACACAACACCUAAAAGAGAACAAAAGGAGAUUAUUAAAGAUGUAUCUUGUACACACAAAACUCCCGAUGUUGAAGUAACUACAACAAAAAAGCAAACACAACUAAAGUUUCUCAUUCCUGAAGAUGUAAUCAUGACUGAACCCCUAGUAGAUGCGUCGGUGGGUGCAGCGGCCAUAUUUUCUAACAGCGCCAUUGAUUUGAACGGCGUUUGUUAUCUUAAUGACAAGAUGAACGUACAAGUUAAACAAGAGAGUGGAGAUUAUUUGGAACCGGAACUGGCAGAUGUAAGCCGUAGCGCCCCGGAUAUCAAAGCGGCCACGGGCGCUGACAAGGUGCCGGAAUCAGUGGAGCGGCCGAACUCACCUGACGCUGGCGCGGACGGGCUCAAGCGGCGAUCCGAAUCCGAGCCUAACUUAGUUAAAGCCGAAGAACAUUUCGACGAAGCAACGUAACAUCACGUGCUUGGUAUUCACUUAGUCAUACCUGAACUAGUCCAUAUUGGGAUAUAGAGCGAUGUUGAUUGGGAGUAGGUACUUUAAAUUAAAAAAGAUAUUAUUCAAAUUAUUCGUGUGAAAGAGUUUAAUAAAUUGUUCAAUGUGUGAUUACUUUGUGAUUCGCUGUAAAAGACAGGUAACCCCGACUUUAGAUUUCUGUUAAUUGGAUAUUUGGAUUAUUAAUAACAACUAGUUCGCUUGAAACAAAACUCAAAUAUCGUAUAUCUGAGUUUUGUUUUAAUUAAUUUCGUCUGAUUAUACUACUCAAAAAAGGAAGGAGUUCUCAAUAAGAAUUUUGCAAAUCGAUAUUUGUUCGAUAUUUUGUAAAUACUUUCGGAUAUACUUUUAUUUUGGUUCCAUAAAAAAAAAAUUAAAUUCGGUUGUGUAGUUCGGUUUUUAAAUCAAAAGAACUGGUUUAGUCACGACUGAAGUCGGUGUUUUAUUGUAGAGCAAAAUUAAAUACAAGAUUUACAAAUAUAAUAUCUUAGUUUUGUUUGUGUUGAAAUAAAGCAAACUAAUUCAAAAUAAGAACUGACUCUGCAAGGGAGGUAAUGUUCACUUAAUGGGCAGUUUUUGUUGAUUUGACUGGAAUUCUUGUAGCCCUGGUGAUGGAGAAUUACAUCAACAAAACUUCACGUACGGCCAAAUGUAUCAAAAUUCAAUUGAAUAUGUCGUUUAAGUUACUAAAAGUUAUUCUUAAGAAAUAGUUUGCUUAUAAUCAGUUUCCUGUUUCGUUUAUAUGUGGUACGACUAAUGAGAAACACUGUAGCGGACUGUUCUUAAGACAUAAAUCAUUGAGAAAUUAUUAAAACUAUCGUCAUGCACAUGUAUUAUAUAAAAAAGUAAUUGAUAAUAUCCCUUUUUGGUUGGCAAAAAGCGCCUAAUGUUGCUGGUAUUGCAGGUGUUUAAAAGCUAUAGUAACAGAUUACUAUCAUGUGCGCCGUAUGCUUGUUUGCCACCUCGUUGGUAUAAAAAACGUCUUUACAUUUUAAAAAAAUAACAAAUAAUUAAUAACAAAUUUCGAAAGAAAGUCAUCCUUAACUAAUUUUUUAAAGUUGCAUCAACAAAAUCUAAAAUGACUUUCGAAAUUAUAUUUUUAUUUACUUGUUUUAAGCAGAAAUUUAUUAAUUAUUACACUGACAUCUAAUAUCCGGAAUAUAUAAAUCUUAAAAUUGGAACUUACAAAUAUAUCAUUGAACAAUAACUAUAGUGAAUCAUACUCAAAUCAAAAAGCGCGUUGGUCGCGCAAUGUCACUCGCGAUGCAGGUCGUGGUGAACUGCUCUCAAGAAUAAGGGCUUUUAUUUAAUUCGAAAAAUUCGGGCAUUCCCGAAUUUAAAACGUUAGUAAAACCAACAUUUUACAUUACCUAUAUAUCGUUAAUCAGAUGUUACAUGGUACUAGUUUAAAAUUAAAGACUGAUAUCACUUUGGGUGCUUAGAAUUCGCUCAGAUUCCGAAUAAAAAAUGUUGUUCGCUACUUAAUUAUAUAAUUUGGUAGCUGAAAUUGUAAAUAACUGCUUCAUUCCAGUGAGCCAUAAUGAUCACGUGUAUUUAUUGGUUCUCUGGAAGUUUUUGAGCAUCUGAUUGAUUCUGUGUAUUGAAUUUUUGUAUUUUUGUCGUUGUUGCACUUUUUAUUAUUAAGGUCCUCUAGUAUCAUAGGUGUACUUAAAUCGUGUCCACCUCUGAAUUGUCUGGUGCCCACCUAAGGAUCUGGGCGAAGCUUUGCAAUGAUAUGUCUAAGAGUAAAUAUACGCUUUUUUAAGGGUUCAGGCCCACUUGGAAAAUAAUUUAAAAUACGCUAAUAUCUAGUAGUAUGGUACUACAACACAAUGACAUAAAGAAAUUUAUCGCAUAAUAUAAUUAAUUCCAAGAAAAAUUGAGGUUGAGUUACAAAUAAUUAAGUAAAAAAUAUUUUUUUCAAAAUUGUAUCAUUAAGGGGCUCUAAAUAUAAAAAAUUAAAUAAAUAAAAAAAAAAAACAAAAUAUUCGAUACCAAAAUAUAUUAUUAUUAUAAGCCACAAGUCCUGUGAUUUAUAAUAAUAGUAGUUUUAUGGCACAGGGCUCUAGAAUUAGAGACGGCAUAAACAUGCUUUUUAAUUAUUUUUUAUAGACGGUGUCUUAAUCAAUUUUAAUCAAGAUUAUCUUUACAAGAAAUAUUUUUUACUUAAUUUUUUUUUUAUUCUAUAUUUAUACUGAAAUACAUAGAGACAUUAAGUUUCGGAUCAUAUAUUGGUAUCUAUUAAAUCCAAAUAACAAGUUCCUUUACAGAAAAUUGGGGUUGUUAAUUUAAAAUAAGUAUUAUUAAUAUAGAAAACAUUGUUUAUAUAUUGCUAUAUCUUUACGCUUUCUUUAAUAAAUGGUUUGUAUGUAAAUAAGGCCUAUGUGGAAUAUAUUCAGAGUACUUUGUAUAAAAUUUGAUGGUGAUAAUAUCAUAAUUAAUGUAUCUUGACAUAGUUAUGAUUGAUGAUAUUAGUGUUAUGAUUAAUUUAUAUAUUUUUUUUAUGAAUUAAAUUAUGAUUUGUU